AUGCAGCUUGCUCGUUCGUCGCGUCGUGCUCGUGCAGCCGCACGUCGUGAUGCGGUGGGUGCGAUGCGUCCGACACCCGGCGGCGGCGUUGGCCCGGUCGAACGGCAAAGGGGCCACGGGCCAGAGAUUCCCAGGGGCCACGGGGGCCACGGGGGAGGGAGGGCUUUGGAGGGGGAGGCUGUGUUCCAGCCAGCUCCGACGACUAGCCCGCGCAUCUCCGACGUCACCUACGGUACCUGCUGCAACGCCGGGCGCCCCCGAGCUCUCGGCGCCGUGGUUCGCCGGCGACAAACGACGCUCGCCCGCGUCGAGUUGCGCCUCGACCAUGAGUCGCUAGCUCGCGCCGGCUCAGGCACGCACGGAGAGCUUCAGGCCCGAAACAAGUAUAAAGUCGCCGGCAGCCAGGCUGGAAAGCGACGGACCUUGCUCGGACGUCCAUUGCCCAGCACGCUCUCUCGCCGCCGCCCUCACGCGCACCCUCUCCCCUACACCGUCACCGCAGCCGACUCCUCGAAAGACCGACGCCGCCCUCCGCCGCAUGCCAUGGACGGCAACAAAGAUUUCAAGAUGCGAAUUCUCCUCGGCCUCUUCGCCGCGACCGCUCUGGCACGACCAGGCUCGGAUACGCUCCAAAAACUUGACAUGCAGACAUGUCCAUCCUUCACAACGGCCGCUCAGCUCGAGAAGCUCAGGGAUGCGUUCCAAGCCCAGCAGUUCAAACGUUUCCGUCAAUGCGUCCCUUCCCAUGGAAACUAUCAGCCCUUCCAAGGCAUCGCAUCCUGGAGCAACUGGGGCUUCCUGGCCCAUUCCACCUCGCGAGGUACGAGAAGGCUGUCCGGUACGGGCGAGAUCGAAUCACGACGUGCUAACCGAGGUACGGCACCGAUAAUAGAACCCGGCUGCAUCCCUACCGUGGCCGAGUACGGGUGCAUCCAUGGCUUCACCUGCCACUUUGAACAGAACUGCGUGCGAAGGCUUGAAUGCGGGAGGAACGAUGAAAUCAUGGACUGCCACAUCCGACCAUGCUACGAACACACCAAGGAAAUGCAGUGCACCAUGAAGAAGCCGACCCCGGCGGGGAUGGAAGGCGAAAUCGACCACCUACAAUUUCACAUUACGCUUGGCGACAAGGACACGUUUGGAUCCAUCAGUGUCGAAGUCACCGUGGAUGGAACAGUCUACCGCAUCCCAUUCUUCGAGCCCCUUCAUAAGCAUGGGAGCUCUGUGUUGACCGUCGACAUGAGAGAAGUGUUCAAAAAGAAGUCCAUCAAGCUCAGCGCCAUAGAGAGUUUCCGGCUCGUAUCCGACGGCCAAGUGCAGCUCACCUAUGCCGCGAAUGCGGUUUGCAACCUUGGUCUUGAGAUUCAAAGCUUGAGGGUAAGGGUUCGUGACGUGGCCAGUGGUUUGUUCUUCCAAGCCCUCCCGAUUGCGGCAGACCCGAAGACGGGACAGUCAAACUUCAAGACUGUGAACGCUUGCAAGGAAAAGGGUGUUGAGAUUUUCAAAACCUACUUGGCCUCCUUGACCUUUACGUCGAGGAUCGGCACAUUUACCGAGUCGACCCAGAUGAAAAGAUGCUUCGACACCUGGCCCAAUGCGCCUGAAUGCGAGAAAUCGCAAGCACUUGGGGAAACCGCAUGGACCAAACCGAAUAGACACCAAUGA